UGGAACAUGCAUUAUGUAGUUCAGCUCUUGGUGCCAUUCAAUCGCUUGGUGCAGUUCCAGGAGAUUGUUUGGUUCAUUAGCCAGGAGCUGCGCAUGGAGCACACUGAGCAUGUGGAUGAGUUGAUACGCAGAAUCGACGAGGGUUUCGGCACCACACAGCAUGUGAUCUCCAACAAUUCCAAGCUGCGCAUGAUACGCUCGGAUGCGCGACGUAAUCAUAUGAGCAUAGUGCUGACCACCGGAUUGGAGGAUGCCAUAGUGCCGCUGUUCAAUAAAGUGCUGACGGGCAGGCACUUUUACUUUGUUGUCAUCAUACUGGUGGACAAAGUGCGCCACAUGCAGCCCGUGUAUGAGUUUUGCAAGUUCCUCUACGAGUAUCAGUUUCUGAAUGCUUUGCUCUAUUUCGAGUCGCACGAUGGAGUGAAUCAGUUGUGGGGCGCCUCGCGCUAUCCUGUAAUGGAAAUAGAGAAUCGCACAGAUAUUGGAAGCUUCUUUCGCAAAAGGGCCAGUCAACUUACAGGCAGCUCGAAUGUAGAAGGAUUUGCGUUUCCCACGCCGCUGCGCCAGGACCUGCCGCAUUUGUUCAAAGUGGCGCAACGCCAGGAGGGCAGCACGUAUCGCAUUAUUGAAACCUUUGUGCAUCACUUGAAUGGCAGCUUCAGUGAGCUGGCACUGCCGCCGGAUGCGCUGGGCGGUCAAGUGGUCAAUAUGCAGCGAGCACUGCAGCUGGUGCGUGAGCGACGUGUGGAGUUCCUGGCACAUGCCUAUGCGCUCUUUAUGCCCGACGAGCAGCUGGAGAAGAGCUAUCCGCUGCUGGUGGUGCGCUGGUGUCUGAUGGUGCCGCUGUACAAUAGCGUGUCCACGCUCUUCUAUGUGCUGCAGCCAUUCCAUUGGAUCGUUUGGUGCUUUGUCCUGGGCGCCUUUGUUGCCUUGAGUCUGCUGGAGCUGUUUUGGCUGUGGCUACGUGGCGGUGCCAGUCCGGCGGAUGCAUUGCUCAACUCAUUUUGCUAUACAAUCAACAUAGCCACGGGACGGCAGCUGCUGCGACCCGCUAGCUUACGCUUCCUGCUGCUGCUUGCCGUAUUUUUUCACGGCUUCUUCUUGUCCGCCCAGUACACUUCCAACUUGGGCAGCAUUUUGGCUGUGAAUCUGUUUCAUGCACAGAUCAACACCAUGGAUGACAUACUGGAGGCGCAACUGCCCGUUAUGAUCAUUGACUAUGAGCUGGAGUUCUUGCUGCAAUUGCACGAGGAUUUGCCGCCCGCAUUCCGCCAGCUGCUGCGCCCAGUGGACAGCGGUGUGUUUGCCCAACAUCAGACGGGGUUUAACAGCUCCUUUGCCUACUUUGUUACCGAGGAUGCUUGGCAGUUUCUGGAUGAGCAGCAGCGGCAUUUGAAGCAGCGCCAGUUCAAGUUUAGCGACAUUUGCUUUGGCUCCUUCCAUCUGGCCUAUCCCAUGCAAAUGGAUUCGUUUCUUUGGCGCGAUCUGGAGUACUUUAGCUUUCGCAUACACUCGUCGGGCUUGCUCAACUAUUAUGCCAGGAUCAGCUUCGAUGCAGCUCUACAUGCGGGCCUGGUGCAGCGUCUGCAGGAGAACAAGGAUUUUACUUCGGCCGGCAUGCAACAUUUGGCCGUUGGCUUUAUGCUGCUGUUGGUCAUGUUCGUGCUGGCCAGCGUUGUGCUGGCAUUAGAAAUUCUGCACGCGCGCUUAACUCGUCAAAUUGCUUAAAUUCCGUUG